CAUAUAUCUAUCAUCUAUCAAAAUAUAAAAAAGCCGAACAACCGGUGUUGUAACUCACCAGAAAAUUUCCUAUGAAUGGAAGCCAAGUAAUUUUGUCGUAAUUUUUGUAUUCCAGUUCUCUACCCCUACUCCUAAUAACAUAUUACAAGUUAAUUUUACACAUUUACAUAUUUUUCUCCUCUCUCAAGCAACCGACAUGGCGAAAUUCUUUUGCCCUUUUCUAAUUCACUCCUUCCAUCGAAGUUGUCUCCUAUCUAUGGCGGACAGAGAUCUAGGAAUACUCCCGUAGUUCGUUUAGGUUUGUGAUUCUUGUGCUGCACAAUUUUGACUCACCAAAAUCUACCGUGUCAACAUUCAAGAUCUUGACUGUUAGCGGUGGUGGGCCACAGAGGUAAGAAGUCUUAGUCAGCUAUACUCUCACUCACAGAGCUAAUUAAACGGAACUGACAAGAACGUGGUGAAUGUGAAUGUUCAUAACCUAGAAGAUUUUAUCGGUACCCUUGAUGUGUAUGUACAUCAGGCAAGGGACAUUCCGAACUUUUAUAAUUACUACAAGAAAUAUGUUUAUGCCAAGCUUUGCCUGACCAGUGAUCCUGACAUUGUUGUAUCCACACGAAUCAUCAAUGGUGGGGGGAGAAAUUCAAUUUCAAUCAAAGCCUUCGGCUGAUUGUUAGGACGGUAGAAUCCUCCUUAAAAUGUAAUUUUAAGAGACUUAAACUCCAUUCUCGGAGAUUACAGUAUCAACCCUCAACACUUUGGCUGGUUGGCUCUAUACGAAAGGCCCCACAAUACCGGUCUGGCUGGCGGCGGCCUCGGUAGCAUAUAGGAAAGGUUGUCUCUCACCUUUGCUCUUUUUCACUAUUAUAAGGGAAAUGCCAAUGAAUUGUAGCCACUUUACCCCCUAAUACAACAGGCCAGCAAAAUGAAUUGUAUGGCACGUGCACGUACCCAAUAACUAGUCAUACCAAUAACUAGUCAUAUCAAAGUGUGUCAUUGUGUUGUUUCCUUGCUUGAUUAUCAAGUUGUAAUCUAAUGUUAUUAGGUCUCUAAUACUCCUUGUAUAGUACGGAGUAUUGGAGAAUUAUGUAUUUAGGGAACCUAAAUACGGAGUACUUAUCUUGUGUACAUUGAUGAUUCUAGCUAGUUUCCUAAUUUAUAUUAGGUUGUGUGUUAUGAUUAUUCGUGGGCGUUGAUUUCUAUUUAUAACACACACUAGAUCCUACGUUUCAUCGUUUUCCUAAGUCACGUAGAAUUCUAUCUUAUAUUUCGUAUUAUAUAUAUAGCUAAGAUAUAACACAACUCUACCACAUACGAUAUUCUAUCGGCUAGGAUAAAUAUACUUUACAGAUUUCCGCUCCCAUAUUCUAUCAUAUAGCCAAUUCUGAAUUUCCUGUAUCUUGGACGGCCCUUCUUGUCUAUCAGCAUGAAGAUUAAGAUAAACAACAAUGUCAGAUGGCUAAGAAAAAAUUGCAGGAAAAUUUGGGUGUUGAAAAAGAAAAAAGACAGGUUGAGUUCACUUCCAGACGAUAUCUUGACCAAAAUACUAUCUUGCCUCCCUAUCAAUUCCGCUGCCACCACCUCCGUCCUAUCCACCCGAUGGCGUCACCUCUGGACCGGAGUCACCAACUUUGUCGCGUUGUCCGAAAUCGGCAAAAACAACAACAAAGACGAAGACGACAUCCUUUUUGUACAAAAGCUCAUAAAGCUGACCUCUUUGAAACUGCACAACUUUCAUAUUGAAUUGAAAUCUCUAUCUAACUUUUUGAUAUUUAACGUUGUAACAAAUAUACUAAGAGAUCAAAUAUCAUGCUUCCAUGAAGUUUGCAGUCGAGAUGUGGAGAAUAUCAAUAUCUUCUGCCCCGAUGAGGGAAAUAGAUACGUUCUUUUCGUCCCGCCCUUUGUGUUUACAACCAAAUCUCUGGUAAGUUUAACUUUGGGUUUCAUGCAUAUUUGUUUUCGUAUGCCUGAAAACGUAGCUAUUCAACUCCCUAAUUUGAAGAAUCUUGAUUUGCGCUAUCUUUCCAAGAUCCCUCCUUGGUUAGAAACUCUGUGUAGGUGUAGCCCUUUGUUGGAAGUUUUAGACUUAGAGUUUAUAUUACGAGACAUUGAGCCUCGUAUUGUGAAUAUAUUUGCUGCCAAUUUGAAGUCAUUGUGGAUAAAGAGUUGUUACUCCGUGGUAAGAAGUCAGAUACAUCGCAACAAAUUCUACAUCGAUACACCUAAUUUGGAAUACCUGACUAUAGUUGAUAGCACUUCGUGUUAUUACUUGACCCAAAAUCCAACUACAUUACUGGAAGCAUCACUUGAUUUGACCAGGACUCUAACUGAAACUGCUGCAAUGUUAGGAGAUUAUGAUUAUCGAAAAGACAUGGCCAAGUUUGUUAGAAGAAUGUGUAAUGUUAGUAACAAUCUUCACUUGAGACUUGAUAGAAACUCGAAUAUAAUGGGUUACCUUUCUAAUGGUGAAAUAAAUAAUGGAGUUAUGUUUGGUAAACUAGCUACUCUUACAUUGGAUUUGAGAAUGAUUGGUAUGAGUGGGUGGAAGGAUUUGCUGCUUUGUUUGGAAUGUUUUCCCAACUUAAAGAAUCUUGAGGUGCAUCAUUAUUGGCUUACAAAUAAUGAUGAUGUUGCAGUGGAGUACGAUAAACCAGCAGAUUGUUUGGUGAAUAAAAUCAAGAGAAUAACAAUAUUUGGAUUGAUUUGGUUAACUCGUGAGCUUGAAUUGAUAGCUUACCUUCUGAGUAAUGCAACUGUUUUAGAAGAGUUUCACAUAAGAGAUGGACUAAGUUUGGGAAAUGAUCUUCGUAAGUCGUUGUUCGAUCUUCCAAGGGCCUCUUCAACUUGUGAGAUUUGGAUUACAUCUGAGGAUAUAUAUAGUAGAAUCAAGUCAUGAGUCAUGACUGCAAAGAUGGAAUUCUUCAGAAACAACAACGUAUGGCUUUACGAAGUUUUUUUUAUUUUUUAUUUUAUUUUUAUUGAAGGUGCUUUACGAAGUACGUAGUAUGAAGUUUACUGUAUUAUUGAAAUUAAAGAUGUUCCUGUUCUAAGGAAAAUUUGUCAAAA